AAAUAAAAGUGAUCGGCCCUAUUGAUUUCGAAGAGGAAAUAUAUUAUGAAAUGAGCGUGCAGGCAAAAGAUGGUUUAGGGUCAGCCUCAAAUUGUAAAGUUAUUAUAGAAAUCACAGAUGUAAAUGAUAAUGCACCAAUAAUAUUGAUCAAAUCUCUAAGCAAUCCCAUCCCAGAGGACGUGUUACCUGGUACAGAGGUGGGCAUCAUUAAUGUACAGGAUAAAGACUCGGAGGGAAAUAGACAAGUCCGCUGUACCAUUCAACAAAAUGUUCCUUUCAAACUUAACCCCUCAAUCAAAAACUACUAUUCUCUGGUAACAACUAGUGAAUUAGACCGUGAGAUAAUAUCAGAUUAUAACAUAACUAUCACUGCCACUGACGAGGGGUCUCCACCUUUAUCCUCCUCAAAGAUCAUUAAUGUAUCUGUAUCAGACGUGAAUGACAACCCACCUGCAUUUGAGGAACCAUCCUACAGCUCCUAUGUGACUGAAAAUAACAAGCCUGGCUCCUCUAUGUGUUCUGUUACUGCCAGAGACCCAGACUGGAGACAGAACGGUACGGUGGUCUAUUCUCUAUUGCCCAGUGAGGUCAACGGUGUUCCGGUGUCCUCAUUGUUAUCCAUUAACGGAGACACGGGGGUGAUCCAUGCUGUGAGAGCAUUUGAUUAUGAGCAGUUUAGGAGCUUCAAAGUCCACGUUGUAGCCAGAGACAAUGGUUCUCCUCCACUCAGCAGUAACGUGACUGUGAGUGUCUUCAUAACAGAUGAGAAUGAUAACUCUCCCCAGAAUAUUAUUACUGCUCCAGCAGGGAACUCUUGA